UGUAGGGCUGAGCCACGAUGACCAUCUCCUACACGCUGGAAGUUGCCAACUCCCGUUUUGGAGGUUUCUCCAAGCUGCUGUUCCGCUGGAAAGGCAGCAUCUACAAGCUGCUGUACAAGGAGUUCAUCGUCUUCAUGGUGCUGUAUGCUGCGCUCAGCUUCAUCUACCGGCAGCUGCUGACCGAGGAGCAGAAGCGCCUCUAUACCAAAGUGGCUCAAUACUGCAACCGCUCCACAGACCUCAUCCCCAUGUCAUUCGUCCUAGGUUUUUAUGUCACCCUGAUCGUGAACCGGUGGUGGGCCCAGUACACCAGCAUCCCCCUGCCCGACCAGCUCAUGUGUGUCAUCUCCAGCAAUGUCCAUGGCAAGGAUGAGAGGGGCCGGAUCCUGCGGCGCACCCUCAUCCGUUACGCCAACCUGUCGGCGGUCCUCAUCCUGCGCUCUGUCAGCACCAGGGUGCUUAAGCGCUUCCCCACCAUGGACCAUGUGGUGGAAGCAGGCUUCAUGACGCAGGAUGAGUGCAAGAAGUUUGAGAGCCUCCACUCCGACUUCAACAAGUACUGGAUCCCCUGCGUCUGGUUCACCAACCUGGCGGCCCAGGCAAGGGGGGAUGGCCGCAUCCGUGAUGAUGUGGCCCUCCGCCUGCUCAUGGACGAGCUGAAUCUCUACCGGGCCAAGUGCAGCAUGUUGUUCCAUUACGACUGGAUCAGCAUCCCCCUGGUGUACACGCAGGUGGUCACCAUCGCCGUCUACUCCUUCUUCGCCUUCUGCCUCAUCGGGCGGCAGUUCCUGGAGCCGCUGGAGCCAGGGCAGGAGGGGGACCUAGACAUGUACGUACCCCUCUCCACCCUGCUCCAGUUCUUCUUCUACACUGGCUGGCUGAAGGUUGCAGAGCAGAUCAUUAACCCCUUUGGAGAAGAUGAUGAUGACUUUGAGACCAACAAGUUGAUAGACAGGAACCUGCAGGUGUCCCUGCUCUCCGUGGAUGACAUGUACCAGGACCUGCCUCCUGCUGUGAAGGACAAAUACUGGAACGAGUCCACAGCUCAGCCGCCCUACACCACGGCCACAGCUGCUGAGACCUUGAAGCCCUCAUUCCUGGGUUCUACCUUUGACAUGCGCAUGUGCGAGGACGUGGAGCAGAGCCAGCUGGCAGAGGCCUCACCAAGCAUGCCCCGCAUCCAGACACCUCUGCUCAGCCGCUUCUUCGCUGCUGCAUCCCCCGCCAUCAGCAUCAAAAACUUCGGUCGGGGCAGCCGAGGUCACCCCCACCUGCGGCGUCCCUGGGCAGAUGGUGGCUUCCCCUCCCCUUGCCCCAACCGCUCAGAGGACCCUGAGUCAGUGUCCCGCAUCGAGGAGGAGAUGGAAGAUGAAGAGAGCGGGGCCAGCAAGCCCACCAUUCCUGGCAGUCACCCAGUGGGGACCAGGUCACCGGAGGCCUCUGAAACACAGAGGGAGGAGCUGCCGCUGAUCCAGGUGAAGGCACCAUCCAGUGAAAACAUUGGUGCUGACUGGCCGGAGGCCUGUGAGCCCUGAGGCUGCCCCAGAAGCCCCCUUUCCUGGGGGCAAAAUAGCUGCCCCCACCCCAGGCACUGCCACUGCCAGCCACAAAGCUCCCUGUCCCUGGACACCCGUCUUGGACCCCCUGUCCAGAGCAGGACAUUACCAGGUCUUUUGUCCCUCAGACCUGAGCCAAGAUGUGUCCCCAGGUUGAUGGAAAGAUCCUGGUGGGUUUGGGAUUGGGCAGACAGCCUUCAACACUAGCUGUUAACCCCAAAACUGCAGGAUUCAGCCCAUUUGUGUGAUGAUGCCACUGACUUGCUGCUGGCCAGGCUUACCCCCUGAUCCCAUGGCCCAGUGCAGGGGACAGGGGACAGCCCAGACCCCAAGCAAGGGACGGGACAAGGGCAUUAGUCUUGCAGAAAACCAACACCGUGAUCCAAAUGUGCCCUCAAUAUUAAUAAAGUUACUGCUAACAUCAGCUUUGAGGUUCUUCCUUGUCAGUGCUAAUCAUCCCCAGCAGUGAGACAGCAGGGGGAUCGCAUUUAUGGAAAACGUGGGUCAUUUUGGGUUUUGUCAAGGAGUGUGCACCUUCUGAGGCCAAAAGUGCACAGCCCCAAGGACUGACACCAGUGAUGGUUGUGGGGUAUUAGACCAAGUGAUACAGCCAGGAAAGAAAAAAAAAAAAAAAAAAAGUGCUUUCAGCUCCUGUAGAAGGAUUCCUGCACUCAGACCUGUUUCCCCUGAGAAUAUUAGCAGAACUAUUAAAAAAUUCCCCUUCCUGCAAGCCUCCCUUUUACCACAGUUACCUCCCUUUUAAAACUCCCAUCUCCCCCAGCAAGCCAGCCCCAUUCCUCCUCCACUACCCUCCUGGGCACUGCUGGACCCGUUAAAGCGUAACCAGGAGGUCAUCUUCUGGGCUGGACUAUGUCCCGUGGAAAUACCCCAAAGCUAAUAUUGCGUGGAGCUGAGAGCCACUCGGCAGCAAAGAGCAGCACUCGGGAUGACGAGUGACCUCACUUGGGUUAUGCUGCUGGCUGCUCACCAUCAUAGAAAAAGUAGCUUUUUUUAAAAUUCAGCCCUGGCACCUACCUGCAGAAGUAAGCAAGGUCCUUAGACCAGGCUUUGGCACCUCAGAACCCCAGCCAGACUGAGCUGUGCUUAACCCCAGCCCCGGCCCUUCCCUUCCUGGCUCAGCAGGGCAGCUCACCUCCUCCCAGGCACGUAAAAUCCCUGUGCACAUCCAUAGGGCUAUGCCAGGGCCAGACCAGAAACCACACACCCCACAGCCCAGCUGCACAAGGUCCCACAGCCUGUGCCACCGUGGGAGCCAGCUGCCACCAUCCCGUUCCCAUGUCACACCUACAGCAUGGCUCCAGUGGGCGAUGGGUGCUGCUUUCGUUCCCACGGGCUGUUGCCCUUGGCAGCUGCGUUUUUCAGAGCAGUAACUUUAUAAGCAGCAUGAAUUGAUGAAUUGGCCGCAAUCCUGCUCAUCAGGGGCCAGUUUUACAGCUCCUGCUCCGAUGCUGAGCUGGCACUUGCUCUGUAAGCCUCAGUUUCUCCUCCACCUGUACAAAGUCCCCCAGAAACACGCCGAAUCCUUACUGCUCUCUGUGGAGGGCGAGGGGAGAACAGAGGAAGCAGCCGUGACACAUCCCUCUCAAGUGCCCUUCACUGCCCCGGCCCCACCUCUCUGGAAAGCAGGCGUCGCUGGAGAACAGGGAAGUUUUUACCCACAUCGCUAUGGAGAAGGAAUGUGCUUGUGCAAACGUCCCACCCAGGCCAGGUCCCACUGCCAGGGACUCCAAGCGCCACAGCCAGCUGGGUACGGCUGUUUGCAGAGCCAGGCACACAACCACCACGCUGUAACCGCGCGCCAUCCAGGUAGCAGGUACCACCUUCUGAUGUGGUUCGUGUGUCUCUCCAUCUGUGGCACAGGCCCGUCCUUGGCUCCCUGCCAGCAAGGCAGGAUGAAUCCAUACCGCCCAGGCACACCUGAGCUUGCUGGCACCUCCUGCUGCCACACACAGCUCUCAGGGCAGAGCACCUCAAGAAAAGCUUUUUUUUAAAAAAAAAAAACCUAUUGAGCUCAAACUAUUUGUGGAGCAGUUUGCAUUUUAAGACACUAAACACGGAUCUCAUCAUGCCUCUGCCUAGGGCAAGAUGAUCACAGACCACGUUCUUCAGUUCAGAGAAAAAACAAACCCUGUGAAGCCGGGGCUGCAGGCAGCCUGCCUUGCACCAGAGUGCUCCUAUGGAUACAUGAGGCUGUUGUAAAAAUACGUAAGUGGGGCAAGCUGUGCAGCGUGUCCCAAGUCCAGCCUGGCCCCAGGACCAGCCCUUAGAUGGGCUCCCAACUUCACCCCCAAAUACCUGCACAAACCAUUUGGCAACUGGAUGCAGAGAUCCAUCAUGCUGGCUUUCUUCAGCCAGCAGCCCCAAGGAAUAUCUUCACCUGCCCCAAAACAUCCUGAAAAAGCUUCUGUUCACCACAGCUUUCCAAUCCCACCUCAAGUGACGGGGCAGAACACUGGAGUUUGUGCCCAGCUUUCGAAAGGGACAGACCACAAUGACAGCCUGGCCCUUCUGCUAGAAGGAAUUUAUCUUGCACUGGAAUGAGACCAAGGAGGUCAGCAAAAGACCAGCUGGUCAUUAAGCAGUGCAGCCAAGUUUG